AUGCCUGCCAUGUGGCAUCAUAUUGUCCAAGCCUUCCCCGCAGAUAGUCGGUCGUCCGAAGAAGAUGACUCUUCUGAGGACCAGGGAUGGCGUUCCAACAAUUUGAAGAUGGUGCAGCGGCGGGCUGAACCAACAUCCACAUGGACGUCGUUUGUCAUGAUGACCAUGACGACGACCGUUGACCGAACUGCGCUACCACCGUCUUCGGCUUCCAGGACCAACUCGGGGUCGCUUGCACCACCGUCAAUCACACCGCCCGGGAUACCUUCCACAACGGCCUUGAAUGACGCAGUCACCUCCAACUCUUCUGCCAUAGCUGUCUCAGUUCCCAAUGGUAACUUUCCGCUCCCGCUGAACAACACUGCGCCAACAAAUUCGACACUGAUACCCACCACACAAGCGCCGACCUCGAUAUCGACUACAUCGAUACCGUCUACCUCACCCUCUUCCUCGUCCUUCUCCUCAGACGUCCCAGAGUUCAAUACGACCCAGGUCCCUCCAGCUCUUCCCAGCUCACCAAAUAACAGCAGUGGCCUGAGUCCGAAGCAGGUCACAGCGGUCAUCGCCUCGGUGAUCUCGGUAGUAUUCAUCCUGGCCGUCCUCGGUAUUCUCUUCCGCCUCUUCGUGAUCCGACGUCGUCAGAGACUCGCACGCCAACGACAGCAGCGAAGCAUGGGGAAUCUACCGCCUGAUGCGGCCCUCCCGUCGAUGGCGGCCGCAGCUGCUAGCCGGAAGACUACCCACUCUGUCGCCACAAAGAAUCACAGCUCACUGGGCGGCGAAGUUCGCGUUAUCAUUGACCGCUCUCCGCUUGAAGCGCAGGCGUGGACCACACAACUAUGGCCCAUGCCUCCGGGACACCCGGGCAGCCGGUACACGUACCAUACAGGGACGAGUACGAUGACAGGAACCGGUUCCACGACGACAGAGGCUGGUAUCACCGAAGCUUUCAAGGCCGACUCGUUUGACAAGAAGAUCAACCUGGGUGUCGGUGCCUACCGUGACGACAAAGGCAAGCCCUACGUCCUCCCCUCCGUCAAGACCGCCGAGCAGAAGGUCGUGUCGGCAGGCCUGAACAAGGAGUACGCCGGCAUCACUGGUGUUCCCGACUUCACCAAGGCCGCUGCCCAGCUCGCCUACGGCAAGGACUCGUCCGCCCUCGACCGCCUCACCAUCACCCAGUCCAUCUCCGGCACCGGUGCCCUGCGCAUUGGCGCCGCCUUCCUCGAGCGCUUCUACCCCGGCGACAAGACCAUCUACAUCCCUACGCCAUCAUGGGCCAACCACAAGGCCGUCUUCAACGACGCCGGGCUGAAGGUCAAGCAGUACAGCUACUACGACAAGAAGACCAUCGGCCUGGACUUUGACGGCAUGCUGUCCGACAUCAAGGCCGCCCCCAAGGGCAGCAUCUUCCUGUUCCACGCCUGCGCCCACAACCCUACCGGUGUCGACCCGACAGAAGAGCAGUGGAAGGAGAUCAGCGAGGCCGUCAAGGCUCAGGACCACUACGCCUUCUUCGAUAUGGCCUACCAGGGCUUCGCCAGUGGUAACACUGACAAGGACGCCUUUGCUGUGCGCUACUUUGUCCAGCAGGGUCACAACAUCUGCCUGGCUCAGAGUUUCGCCAAGAACAUGGGUCUCUACGGUGAGCGUGUAGGUGCCUUCUCCAUCGUUGCCGCCUCGGCCGAGGAGAAGAAGCGCAUCGACUCCCAGAUCAAGAUCCUCGUGCGACCCCUGUACUCGAACCCGCCCAUCCACGGUGCCCGCAUCGCCUCCGAGAUCCUGAACAACCCGGCCCUGUACGAGCAGUGGCUGGCCGAGGUCAAGGAGAUGGCCGACCGCAUCAUCACCAUGCGCGCCCUGCUCAAGGACAAUCUCGAGAAGCUGGGCAGCAAGCACGACUGGAGCCACAUCACGUCGCAGAUCGGCAUGUUCGCCUACACCGGUCUCGACGCUUCCCAGAUGGACCAGCUGGCCCAGGAACACAGCGUCUACGCCACCAAGGACGGACGUAUCAGCGUCGCUGGUAUCACGACCGAGAACGUCGGUCGUCUGGCCGAGGCCAUCUACAAGGUCAAGGGUUAA